AUGGAGUUUGAUAGUAAGGAAGAGGCAUAUGAUUUUUACAAUGCAUAUGGUGGUCGAAUUGGUUUUAGCAUCCAGAAGGAGUAUGGCAAUAAAGUUAAUAUAAGAAUUACAUUAAAGGCGUUAGUUUGUAGCAAGGAAAGUGUGAAGGGGACUAACAAACAAGAUGUAUUUAGAAAGACUCCGUGGGCUGAAACACGAACCAAUUGCGGUGCACGAAUGGUUAUUAGAUAUGACAAGACAAAGGCAAAGCAGUUUGGUGGCAAAGAAUCAGUUGGGUACUUGAAAGUGGAUCUUAAAAAUUAUCUAAGGACGCGAAGACAAAAGGAGCUUCUUUAUGGAGAGGCGGCAUGGCCUGUGGAUUAUUUUGAGGAGCGUGGUUGA